GUUAUUGCGCUGAAUUUCAUGUCGGCGCCAUGGUCGCUGAGAAAGAUCGAUUGAUAUUCAAAUCCUUGGCUAUAUCCUUGACUCCUUUUGCAGCUUCCCAGGCAACUUUCAAGAUCUUAGCUGAGAAUCGAAUGAAUCGAAUCUCCUGUGAUCCAGCUGAGAUCUUGGACGCUUACGAUCCGGGAGAUUCUCUUCCCUUGGCUUUGCUGCGAGAAGCUGUGCAGGGCAUUUCGCAUUUCGGUCGCCGGGCCCAGGCACGACUAGUUCUGCUUGGCGCUGCUUUGCUGGAUGAAUUGCCCCACGGGGGUGGUUUGCGACGAGCGACGGAUCUUGCGCACACGGCAUUGCAGAAGUUGGGCAUAGCCAAAACUCAGGGUUUACCAGAGACAGCGUUUUCAGGUGAGGUCAUCCCCGCAAGACAACCCGAAGACAAGAAGGCACCAAACACUAAGUUCAAUGACCUCUUACUGGGCGACAUUUCCGAUGAUGUGAGUUGGUUCUUCAGCACCGAUGUGGGCGAACAGCUUGAUGUCACUUAUCCCUUAUCCACCGAGGCUGACCUUAAUGCUAUUGAUGUCUCAACUGCGCUCCAUCGCCCGGGUGGGUCGCUUGGGGAUGGGGAAUCUAUUUGCAGUGUGUCUGACGAGCUGUGCCGACGUUGCGCUGCAGCAACUGCCUUGGACAAAAGCGGCAGCGGGGCAGGGCAGCAGUGCUUUGUAUAUGGUCGCAUUAGGCCAGUGCAGCCACGCAUGACAUUGAGGGAUGGCAUUGUGUGCCACGUUCCACACGGCUACAUUGCAGCCAGAGGCAGUGCUUUAGCAAAGCUUGUUGAUAUGGACGGCGCAACCAAAUCAAAGGCCUUCAAAACUAUAUUUCUUGAUGCAGACCUCACUUCGUCAGCUUAUGCGUCCUGUGCCCCAGCACAACGUAGGCUCAAAGAACAGCUCGUACAAUCUACUGUCACAGGUGAAGCUCAACCAGUGAAUUUCGGAGUGCUCUUUGCUUCCGAAGAGCAUGACAAGCUCUUGGUGGAAAACCUUCACAGUCUGAAGAGUCGUGGCUUCGAGGCUGUCAUGCUUUCGGGAGACUUUUCAGAAGCUGUUGCUUCAGCUAGCUGUGACAUCGGCCUGCUGGUGGCUGGGGGGAUUCCGGCACGCUUGAUCCAUGCUUUAGCAGCAGACUGUGGUGCAGAAGUUCUACAUGGAUUGCCUGACUGCGGAACAUUCUCCCAGUCCUUGGACAUCUUGGAUGUCAAGAGAGGAGUGAAUCUGAAGCUUAGAGACCUGCCAGAAGGUGAGCGCCAGAGAUGUUUUUGCUAUCCCCUGUUGGGUCGGCGGCUCUCUCUUUUACCAGAAGUGAGCAUGACAGAAAUGAAUGGUUUUUGGGAAGUUUGGGCGUGGGCUGAAAGAGCUGAAGCAGGAAGCACGGAUAUGUCGUGCACAGUACUGUUGGAAGCAAGCUGUGAGCCCCAAAUGCGACAAAGCUUCGCGGAGUUGAGUGAUUCAGUUUUGGCAGGCUUGGACAAUGUGAAGCAUGCGGGCCAUCCUCACCGUGGAGAGCUUCCAUAUCUUCCAUGCGAUUGGAUGCUGCAAGUAGCAGAUGCUCUUGAGGAAGUGGCUACUUCAGAAGCCUAUCCCACGCUCCUUGCAGCUGAAGAGCGGGACCCACUAGUUGCACCAUGGGUGAGUCCCGUAGGAGAUGCCACAGGGGACAAAGCCGCUUGUGCGGCCUUCGCAGCAAGUCUUCGAAGGGUGGCUACGGAGGAGGGCUUGGAGGAAUUGGCCACAGAAGAUUUCAAAGCGGCCACAGCUAUUCUGCAGCGUGCCAGCCGCCUUGUGCAGCUGUUGAGUCGAGUGUCCGACAGCUGAUAGAUUCUGAUCUCGAUAAACAGUUCACUAGUAUAGGCCAAUCACAGUCCGGGAACGUGCAGGAUUUUUCUUCCCCACGCAGUUGGAACAUGUCGGAACGUGGGAGGAACAAUGCAAGGAUCGCCUGCCACUGCCAGUAAUUGCAAUGAUUACUGUUAUUGUAUUUGUAUGUAUUUGUCAUUGUGUGUGGGCCUGUCCUGGCCUACUCAAGGCCCACACAAGUCCACUCUGAUUUCUGGCUUUUGCACGCUUUUGCCCCUUUCGCAUGACAAGAAGAAACAGUACUGCUGCCAUCUCCUGCCAGUACAAGAAGCUCACACAGAUUCACACAGCACAUGAACAAUCAUCCUGGAGGAAAGAAUAACAUAGAAUAACCACUGACAUCCUGAAAGUGGACAUUUUGCAUUUGGCAGCAGGCCUCUCAGGCCGUUACCGUCUCAAUCCCUCCCGUCUCCAGCGAGUUGCAAAA